AUGGCGUCCACGGACUUGACGGCUACCGUGGGCAAGUACCUCGACCGGCACAUGCUCCUGCCCCUGCUCGACUUCCUGGGAUCGAAGAAGAUCUUCCCCGACUCGGAGCUCGACGCCGCGCGGCUGCAGGUGCUGGAGAAGACAAACAUGGUCGACUUUGCGAUGGAGAUCUACACAAAGCUGAACCAGGGAGAGGUGCCCGCCGAGAUGCGGGCGAAGCGCGACGAGGUGAUGACCGCCCUCACGGCGCUGCAGCUCGAGGUUGGCCCGCUGUACCAGAUCGUCUCGGACGGGCCGCUCGUCGCAAACCUGCGCGCGGAGCGGUGCUUCACGCCGGCGUUCCUGCUGGAGCAGCACAGCGUGACCGCGGAGCACGUCGCGGCGCUGGGCAAGUACGCCAAGUUCACCUACGACUGCGGCAACUACGGCGCCGCUGCGAGCAUGCUGAGCUGUUUCCGGCUGCUGACCAGCUCUGCCGACGAGGCCUUCUCGGCACAGUGGGGGAAGCUUGCGUGCGACAUCCUGAACGGUGCGUGGGACGCGGCGCUGGAGGAGCUCGGCGCGCUCAAGGAGGCGAUCGAGGCGCGGUCCGGCAGCACUCCCGCCGCUAGGCGGUCGGUGGUGUCCGACCUGCUGCUCAGCGAGAAGUACCUCAACGCGAUCCAGACCACUUGCCCCCCCUUGUUCGUGGCCCCCCCCCCCCCCCCCUCUCCCCCCUCUCCCUGCAGGCACGCCGUCAAGGAGCUCGUCCGCGUCAUCGGGAUGGAGCGGCCAACCUACUCGGACCCGGUCACGUCCUUUCUGGACGACCUCUACGGCAGCGCAAACUUUGAGAGCGCGCAGGAGCGGCUGGCGGCGUGCGCGGCGACGCUCGACUCCGACUUCUUCCUCUGCAACGCCGAGGGCGACUUUGUCAAGUACGCGCGCCUCCACCUCUUCGAGGGCUACUGCCGCAUCCACGAGCGGAUCGACCUCGGCUCCCUCGCGCAGAAGCUUGGCACACGCCGCCCUAGAUCCGCACACACGUCCUCUCGCAUGGAGCGGAUCGCCGCCGAAAAGUGGAUCGUCAAGAUGGUCUCGGACGCGCAGCUCAACGCAAAGAUCGACUCAAAGUCUAGCCACGUCAUCCUCGGCGCCCAGCCGCCCGACGUGUACCAGCAAGUCAUCGAGAGGACAAAGGGCCUCUCCUUCCGCUCCUACGUCCUCGCACAGAACCUGCAGCAGCGCGAGCAGCAGGCAGCGCGCGCGGCCAAAGUCGAGCUGCAGGAGGCGGCGGCGGCCGCGGCGCAGUGAGGCAGCGAGCUCGGGUCGCGCCCGCGCGCGAGGCACACGGCCGGCAGAGAUUCGGUUGUGGAAGAAGAUGCCGGCGUUGUCGCGGUUGCCGCCGCCCCGCGGCCCGUGCUUGCAGCUUCGGCUUGGGCUUCCGCGCGCCUUUUGCCUGACACGCCCACACCGAUCACCGUGGAGUCGUCGUGUCUUGCCCCGCAUGUCGAGAUGACAGAUGUUAAAACAGA